AUGAUACCCGACAAUACUUCUGAAACGAUUGUGCUUUCGAGAGUAUUCCAGAUCCUGACCGUCGGUGCCUCAGCCCUUUUCUUCGCUAUCGCUAGCAUCUAUUCCUCGGUUUUGGCGCUGCCGUCGACAAAAGUAGGAGGUGGAAGACUGCGCAAGGCUCAGCUCUCGCUUACCCUUUUCGCUGGUGUAAUCUCAACGGUGGAAGCUGUUAUCGACCUCAAGAAGUCGGACCGAUCAAAGAUCUCAGACCCAAAUGCCGUCUACAUGCUCUUCCUCACCCUGGUCUAUGUCAUUCUCUCCAUUGGACUUGUUGACGACAACGCUGUUGCAUCAUAUCCUCACCAUGGAGCCUGGGCUAUCCUACUCAUCGGCCAAGGCACCAUCCUCAUCCUCUCUAUCCCUGGUGCAUCCUCAAAAGACGACCUCCUUUUUGCGCACGGACUCCUCCAAGGUCUUCAGCUCGCCGUCACGCUGAUCCUCCUGGCCAGUAGCUUGUUCAUCAGGAAUUUGCAACGCAAGAGAAACACAGGUACUGAGGACGAAACACGCCCUCUCCUUGCUGAUGAGGCUUCUCCGGCUGGGCCAACUGUCAAUAAUGAAGUGAAAGAGCCAGAUGAUGACGAGGUCGACAGACUGCGCAUUCGGAGUCGCCCAUUUUGGCAAUACGUCUCUUCGUUCAAGGUCUUCGUGCCGUACAUGUACCCAAAAUCACCCAACUUACAGCUCUACUUCUUCGGGAUGUGUAUCUGCAGCGCCUGGUCAAGAGUGGUGAUAGUUGCUCUACCUCUCACCCUUGGGGCUCUCGUCGACCGCUCGGGAGACUUGGUUCCGUGGAAACAGAUCACUAUCUUUGUGCUGCUUAAAUUCCUGACAUCCUCUGCCGGUGUGCCGCUGAUUGAGACUUGGCUAUCCUGCCGGCUGAACAUCGAUCUGACACUCGGGCUGCAGCGACACUGCUACGACCACAUCAUGAAUCUUUCGGCAGAUUUCCAUGACAAUAAGAAAUCACCAGUCAUCUGGCAGGUCAUGAAUCAAGGUCAAGAUGUGAUAGACCUGUUCCACGAUAUGCUGUUCGAGUUUGUGCCUCAGCUGGUAGACCUGGUAUCUGCAGCCGUGGUUCUAUCUUACCUUUUCGGCCCGUACAUGACGUUCAUUGUGGCCACAACGGCCAUCCUGUUCUACUGGCUGACCUUCAAAGCACUGAUUACCAAGCGAUCUUUACGACGAUCCUGGCUCGAUGCAUACCACGACCAGUACUACCAGAUGAGCGAGUCAACCUUGAAUUGGUCAACUGUUUGUUACUUUGGCCGCAUCCCAUACGAACUGCGGCAAUACCGGGAGAAGGGCGACGUCACUCGCAGCACGAUGCUGAUGUGGUGGUCGUGGGAGUUCUGGACCAGGGGGUUGCGCAAUAUAGUCCCUUGCGCCACCUUCGCUGCUGCAUGCGCCGUGGCAGCAUUGCAGAUUGCACAUGGUCAGCUCAACAUCGGUGAUUUUGUGAUUCUGAUCACAUACUGGUCGCAAUUGGCCAGCCCCUUGUCUUCAAUAGCGGGUGAACUUUCGAGGCUGACGGAAAUGCUGGUCAACGCUGAGAAAUUGGUGGUCAUACUGGAAAAGACGCCCCAAGUCCAGGAUCAACCCGUUGCUCGACCCUUCACGUUCUUGGAGGGCGCUGUGGAAUUUGAGAAGGUGUCAUUCUCGUAUGAUGGCAAGCGUCAAGUGACGAAGGGUAUCACUUUCCGCGCCUCGCCCGGCACAACUAUUGCACUGGUCGGACAAACCGGAGGAGGGAAAAGUACGAUCUUGAGACUGCUGUUUCGAUUCUACGACGUUGAUCAGGGCCGAAUCCUGGUUGACGGCCAAGACAUCCGACACGUCAAGAUGGAGAGUUAUCGUAAACAUAUCGCCAUGGUGCCACAGAGUCCCGUCGUCUUUAACAUGUCAAUUUUGGACAAUGUCAGAUACCCUGACAUCGACUGUACGGACGAGGAAGCGAUUGAUGCUUGCAAAGCAGCGGCUUUACACGACAAGAUUAUGUCCUUCACUAAAGGCUAUCAAGAGAAGGUUGGCGAGCGUGGCACGAAGCUUUCCGGUGGCGAGUUGCAGCGGCUCGCGAUCGCAAGGGCAAUUCUGAAGAAGGCUGACUUCCUGCUCUUGGAUGAAGCCACUAGCGCCGUUGACAGCAUCACCGAGAAGAAUAUACAGGCGAGCAUCCGUCAACUCUGUGCAGGCAAAACGGCGUUCAUAAUCGCGCACCGGCUUUCGACAAUCUUACACGCCGAUCAUAUACUUGUCAUCCGUGAUGGUCAGAUUGUUGAGGCUGGUUCCCACGAGACUUUGAUCAAACACGAUGGCGCAUACAACGAGCUGUGGCGGAGUCAGCUUCGGCUCCAGGCCGAUGAGCGAACUUGUUCACGAUCGAGGUCCCCACCAAAGUCAAAGAGCAAAGUCCUCAUCAACGAUCUGAACAGCAGUGGGGAAGAGACUCAAACACUUGUAAAGAGCCUUAGUAGAAGCAGCAAAGAUGGGAGACCUUCCGGCGGAGGCGAUAGUGAAACUUCGAGCACUUAUGAGAAGGAUACAAAAGCCUGCGAUGAGUCACAUGUCAAUGCUGACGGACGAGGUAGAAAGCUCUCCCAGAGACUUGCCGGGGCCCUGAACAAGAGCAUGUCACGGUCGAAAUCGCCGAAAAAAGGGCAAUCAUCGGAUUCUGGCUUGAACCCCGAUGCUCCGACUUUCAGACUGUCACCAUCAAAGUCGCCGAAGAAGGCUGGAUCCUCAGAGCCUGCACUGAAACCAGACGUCCGCACAUUCAAGCCCCGACGAUACCAAGACGGACACAACAGCACAAGUUUGUCGGAGGAGGCGCCCAGCAUGCCUGAAGGUUCUCUCGAAUGUGCAGUAGGCGACCCGCCCGAACGAAUGGGAUCCACAACAGCCGCGAACAACGAGAAUAACUUCAACCCAUGUCUAGUACAGGCAGUGUUUCCCCUGAAGCGAAAGUGGACUGGCCAUGGUCGCGGGACCCUCGACAGCAAUGGAGGUUCAGAAAUUUACGGCGUAACGGACGUUCCACCGGACGCCGAUGAUGCUCAGUCCGACAGCCUCGAAGCGCUUGUCGAUCGAAUCGACAAAAAGCAGAUCAAGUCAGCCCCCGGACACAUUCGGCGACGCCAAACUGCAAGCGAGCCUUUUCCAGAAAGUGUCAAUGAAGAGGAUGACUCAGAAGGCUCAUCAAGAGACGGAAAUACCAUUCACUCGGCGAAGUAUUCGAGACUGCAGCAGAUGCUGCAAGGCCGAGCUGUGUCGGCUGUAGAAAGGAAGCCUGUCCAGGCGCAGGGAAGCGGGAAGAAGUCAGCGGAUGAGAACGAGCCUCGAGCACCCGUGAAUACUGCAGCAACCAGUCCAGGCGUCCUUACACCCAAAUCGAACCAGAAAUUCUCUGGCAACAUGCUCGCCUGA